CAAAACACUCUCCUUUUCCAAUCUAGCCUAGAGCUGUUGUGUUUGAGUUUUAAGCAAUGAACCACAUCAGGUUUUUAACACUGUCAAAGCUUUGUCUUUGCAUUUCUUUGUUAGUGGUGCUAUUAGUUGAUGGCGGCAGGUCACAGCUUUUCUAUGAUUGGACUGUUUCUUACUCUCAACGAGCCCCUCUUGGCGUUGAUAAACAGGUGAUAGUGAUCAAUAAUAUGUUCCCAGGGCCAGUCUUGAAUGCAACAACAAAUGACGUUGUGAAUAUUAAUAUUCAUAACAACUUGACAGAUCCUUUUCUCAUGACAUGGAAUGGAAUUCAAAUGAGAAAGAAUUCAUGGCAAGAUGGAGUGCACGAGACGAAUUGCCCUAUAUCGCCAGGCCAAAACUGGACGUACAGUUUUCAGCUUAAGGAUCAGAUAGGGAGUUUCUUUUAUUUUCCUUCACUUCUUCUUCAUAAAGCUGCUGGUGGGUAUGGGGCCAUUCAUGUGAAUAAUCGCCCUGUUAUUCCCAUUCCAUUCCCACAACCAUAUAAAGGUUUUGAUGUGCUGAUUGGUGAUUGGUACAAUGCCAACUAUAAGGACUUGAGAGCAUCACUGGAAAAUGGGAUCUCUUUGCCCCAAACUGAUGGAAUUCUCAUCAAUGGGCUAGGGCCUAAUCAAGCAAGUUUUGAGUUUGAACCAGCUGCCACAUACAGGCUUAGAAUUUCAAACGUAGGCUUGAAAACAUCCCUGAAUUUCAGAAUUCAGGACCAUUCGAUGCUGUUGGUGGAAACUGAAGGUUCUUACUUAGUUCAGCAAUACUAUGAUAGCCUGGAUAUCCAUGUUGGACAAUCUUACUCUGUCUUAGUCACAGCAAAGAACCAGACUAAUGGCAAGUCUUACUACAUGGUUGCGAGUUCUCGCUUUACAAGUUUCGAACAAUUUGGCAUUGGUAUUAUUUGUUAUCCAGAUUCUGUGGGAGACCCUCUUGGUUCUUUUCCCGGAGGACCGUACUUAUCUGAUUACAAUUUCUCUCUACAGCAGGCUCGUUCAAUGAGGUGGAAUUUAACAGCAGCAGCUGCUAGACCAAAUCCACAAGGCUCCUACCACUAUGGCAGCAUCAAUAUCUCUGGCACGCUUAUUCUUGAGAACAAUGUGAAUUUCAUUGAAGGAAAGCGGAGAUUUACAAUAAAUGGAAUCUCAUUCUUGCACCCAGAUACACCAUCAAAGCUCCUAGACUACUUCCAGCUCAAUGAUACAUUCAAGACUGAUGUCAUUCAUGACAGACCAACUGCUACUCUUCCUUCUUUGGGCACUUCCGUCAUCAAUUUCCAAUACCAUGAUUUCUACCAUAUUGUCUUUCAGAACCCUCUGCCAGAAAUGCAAACAUGGCACAUUGAUGGCUAUAACUUUUUUGUUGUUGGAAUGGAUUGGGGAGUGUGGGAUGAAAGCAAGACAGCAGGAUAUAACAUGAUUGAUGCUGUAUCUAGAUCAACAAUUCAGGUUUAUCCAUCCUCAUGGACAGCAAUAUUGAUCGAAGUGGACAACCAGGGUAUGUGGAAUCUGAGGUCACAGGAUGCAGAGAAAUGGUAUCUUGGGCAAGAACUGUACCUAAGAGUUAAAGGUGUAGGAAAGGAUAACCAAUCAAUCAUUUCUCCAAGGGAUGAAGCUCCAAUGCCUGAGAAUGCUAUCAAAUGUGGAAGAGCUGCUGGCCUAUGAAAUUUUCUAGAUGUUCGUAGUCCAGAAUUCGUUGAAGAACUAGAAGGAUACCCUCAUUGUUCAUUUUUUUAUACAAAAAAAUCCCGAGCAAUUCGUAAGGUUUAACUUGCUUUUAGGUGUUAAGAACUAUAUAUUCCCCCUCCCCAGUAAUUCCUAUUAUCACAUUUUUGUAAAAACGCCAAUUAGAAUUGGACACAUUCCUUUUAUUGAAAGAAAUAAAGUUUGUUGAUGUUUUGGUUAGGUAUUAAAAUAAACAUUAGCUGUUAUUUUACUUCUUUGAUUGGUUAAAACUUUAAAGCCUAAGCUAGUUUUAAUAUUUGCGGUUUAGUCUUAU